AUGAUUACUUCAAAAUUCAUUCCAUGUUUGAUUUGGUUACUUUUUCAGACUGAGAUCACACUCUCGAAUGUGACAUCGGACUCUGUUACCAAACACUCAAAGGGCACAGUCACGAGGUCAUGGAGCUCAGUUAACUCUGGUUCCAAUCCCUCGGAGUAUCAGUUCUUGAUCACUGGUGGCUAUCGACCGGAGUCGAAUAACCUGGCCAAGUACGUCGUUUCGAUUAGGCUUGUUCAUCGCUACAAGUUCUUCGGCAGUAAUCACGUCUGUGGAGGAGCAAUUCUCUCCGAAAAGCUAAUCCUGACGGCAGCCCAUUGUUUGCUCCAGGGUACAGUAAGGUUGAAGCCUCAGGAUUUUGAAGUAGUUGCUGGGACUCCCAAAAGGCUAAACGAAGUUGAUACAACGCAGGUGAUGCAAGUCAAACAUGUAAGGGCUCACAGUCAAUAUGAACAUCUUGGAUACGACAUCGGGCUAAUGGUUUUGGCAAAGAAACUCUCCUACAACAAUGCAGUGGCCAGCAUUAAAAUUCCCCAAGAGGAACCGCCGGCCGGAAAGCAAUGCGUUGCUCUUGGCUGGGGCGCUAUCAUUCAGUUCGGACCUUGUCCCAAUGAGAUUGUCAAUGUCGAUCUUAUAGUACGGGACCGUUCAGCCUGUGCGGCUUAUGGCAGUGUCUUUAUAAAGGGUAUGCUCUGCGUGUCCCAUUCCAGGGACGAUGAUUCCGACAGUUGCGAGGGCGACUCCGGGGGUCCACUGAUCUGCGAUGAAAAAGUUUACGGCAUAGUCUCGUUUGGCUCUGGAUGCGGCGAACCGCAGUAUCCCGGAGUCUAUACGAGUGUUUAUACGUUCCUCAAAUGGAUAAACAAAAACUGGUGUCCGCCGAACCCGGUCCCAUUGCCGGCUAUAAUACUGGGGCUAGUUCUCUUAUUAGUAAUUGUUAACCAACCUUAGGUUGAAUAGGACCAACCUUAGGAGGAAUAUUUCUUUUUUCUUUUAUAUACCGAUCGAAAUCUACAGGUAUCUUUAUAAAAAAAAACAACCGAAUAAGUAAAA